AUGUCCGGCCUCGAAGGCAUCGCGGGCUUGAGCCUCGCUUGUAACGUCAUGCAGCUCAUCAGCUUCGGCCACGAAGCCAUCUCAAUGUGUCGACGGGUCUACGAGAGCGGCUCCCCCGAACCUGGUCUCUCUGAACACGCCGAGAGUCUCAAAGCCGUGUGCGAUGGUUUGGAAAAGUCCUUGGGUAAACGACCGAUGCCUGCACCCGCUCCUGCUCCCGCUGCCGCCGCCGUCAGAGCACCGACAAUGGAGAAGCGACUUCUCGACCUUGCCGCCAAGUGUAUCAAGAAUGCCCGAGACUUGGAGGAGGAGAUGAAGUUCCUGUCUCCUAGUCAGCCAGGCAAAAUGGGAGCGUUGGUUGCCGCGCCCAAGAUAUUGUGGCGGAAGAGGAGACUUGAGCGACUCAAAGGGAAUCUGGAUGACGCGCAGCGACUUAUGGAUACGUCGAUUCUCGAGCGUCUGUUCGCCAGAGCAGAGGCACUCUACAAAAUGAACGAGAAGGGUUUCCUGGACCUGAGUCAGGAGCUCAAACAGUUUAUUACAGAUUAUGCGAAAUCGAACAGCAUCCUUCGAACUGUCGUUGAGACACAAGCGAGAGAGAUCCGGGAUCAUGUCACCACGGCAUCCUCGAAGACGCAGGAUGCAAUCAAGUCACAUGUGUCCCUGGAACUUUCUAGUCAUGAGACCUCUGUCAAGAAUCACGUUUCGUCAUCUGCCCAGGGUGUUCAGGAUGCCCUUUCACAGAGGAUGACGUCUAGGGAGGGCUCAAAGGCCAAGGAGCAGGCUUACCAGCAGCUUUUGAAGAGUCUCAAGUAUCCAGGAAUGAACGAACGAAGGAACCAGAUUUCGCAUACGCACCCAAAAACUUUUCGGUGGAUCUUCAGUAACACAUUUCAACUCAGCAACUCGGAUUCGGGCAUUGACGGGGAGUUAGAAUGGCUCACAGAAGACGAUUCCAGCAAACACAGCAAUGAGCCUGCCGAGGUUGAUUCGAUGAUCAUUCGGUCAGAAGAUUCAGUCGAGUCGUCGGGCAGCUUCAGAAGCUCGAUACGUUCUCUUGAAUCAACUGAGCCUCAACCUUGGGAUAGUUUCGUCGAUUGGCUGGAAGAUGACACUCGUAAAAUCUACUGGAUUAGUGGCAAACCCGGAUCAGGGAAGAGCACACUGAUGAAAUACAUUGAAACAAAUGACAGCAAUAUCAAAAACCGCGAACCGGCAGUUCGUUUUAUAUCACACUACCUGUGGAGACCUGGUACCUUUAUGCAACAGAGUAUCAAAGGGCUGCUCUGA